AUGGCUGUUCUUAUAACAUUGGAAAAGGAAAAUGAAAAACUUAAGAAGCUAAGUGAGAAACUCUUAUAUUUAUUGAACAAAUAUAGACAUGCUUAUUUAAUGUCUAUUGAUCUCAUAAAUUUUUACGAUGAGGUAAUUGAAAAAAAAAAUGAUAGUAAUUAUAAAGAAUUAGAAGAAUGUUAUAAAAAAAAGAGACCAUGGGAAGGUAUAAUAGACGAAGAAAUGAUAAUUAGGAAAAAAUUGAAGAAUAAUUUAUGUUAUUAUGAAGGAAAAGAACACACAAAAAAAAUAAAAAUUAUAGAAACAGGUGAUUCGGAAAUAUUGCAUAGUAAGGGGAAUGAUAGUAGUAAUUGCAGUUUAAGCGGUAUUAAAAUAUUUAAGGGAGAUGAUAGCAAAUUGCAAGAUAAUAAUAUGGAAAGUGAAGAUGGAAAAGAUAAUAAAAAUACAUCAGACUACGUCAGUUUAGGAGCUUUAGAUUUUAGUGCAUAUAAAGAAGACGCUGAUGGGCAUAUUAAAUAUUGUGAAAAAAAUAAGACAGAUAUAAAAGUUGAUAAAACAAAAAAAAAUAAUAAUAAUUUUUCAAAAUAUAUGCAACAAUCAGAUGUUAAGAAAAAAAAUGUAUUGAAUCAGUCUAUUUAUAUGAAAAAUAAUAAUGUAAAAUCAUCACAAAUUCGUAUAUUACCACAUAUGCAUAAAAGUAUAUAUAAUCCAGAUAAUAGUUUUUCUAAAUUAAAUUCUUCUAAAAAAAUGAAUGUAUUAAAUAGUUAUAAAAGUGUAUAUAUUAAUAGUAAUAUAAUGCAUAAAAACAUAGGAAUGGAUAAAAAAAUAGUAAAAAAUGAGUUAAAUAAAAAUGAAUUUUUGCAAAAUAAUAAUUUGAAGGGUUUAAAUAAGAGUGUCUAUAUUGGAAGAAGAGAAAAAAGUAUGUGUGCCACUAGUAACAGUAUUAUUGUUCCUAACAGAAAUAAUAGAAUGAGUGGGCCAAUAAAUGAGAGUCUUAUUCAUACUAAUAAAAAUUUUUUAAUAAAUAAAGAUGGUAUAAAAAAGCAGGAAUUAUUGAACAAAAAAAUGAGUGUAAUAAAGGCGAAUAAUACUCAUAAUAAUAAUAUUCCCCUGAAAAAAAUGAAUACCUUAAGUACUUUAAAAAAUAACAAUUAUAUUAGUAAUAAAAAUGGAUUAAAUAAAAGUAUAUAUUUUAGUCGAAGCAAUACGCUAAUGAGUAAUGAUAAAAAGAAAACAAGCAAUGAUACAUAUAUUGAUCAGGCGAAAUUUGGCACCGUUGGAGAUAGUAAUUUAAACAGAAAAACUGAACAUAUAAAUAAUUUGAAUUUUUUGGGAAAAAAUGAAGUUCGAAAUGUUGAAAUUUCAAAAGAAAUAGAAAUUACAAUAAAAGACGUCGAAACAGAGAACAUCGAACAAAAUAUUAAGAAAACUUUUAUAGAUGAAAAGUUGGGGAUUGAAAAAUCAGAUAAAAUAAAUUUUCCAAAUGUUCAAAAAUUAUCAUAUAGUCCAUUAACAUUAGAAGAUAUUGAAAAAUUGAUCGAAGAUGAAGAAAAGGACACAGGAAUUUCUGUUAAUAAUAAUUUAAACCCAUCUCUAACAAAAGAAAAUGAUGGUAUAUGUAUGAAAAAAAAUAUUUGCAUUGAUAAAGAUGAUUUAAAAAAUUUAGUUUGUUUACCAGAAAAAAAAAAUUGUGAUGAUAAUGGUGAAAAUAUAUCUCAAGUAAAUGGAAUAAAAAAGGAAAAUAAAAUAAAUGAGGAUAAUAAUGAAAAUAGCAAUUUGUUGGCGAAUACAAUUAAUAGUGAAAUUAUAAAUAAUGAGGUAGUUGGACAUAUUGGGAAACCAUUAAGUGAUAAUCUUAUAAAAGUGGAAAAAAAUAUUGAAGAAAAAUCAAGCGAAUAUGCACUAAUCAAAAAGGAGGAAAAUAUUUCGAUGGAAAAUAAUUCUAACAAAAUGAGUUACAAUGAAAAAUGUAAAAUUACAAAAGAAGUAGAAGAGGAAAAUAUGGGCAUAGAUAAUAAGAAAGACAUAAAAAAUAUUGAAAAUAUAAAUACAAAAGAUAAUGUGAAGAAAAUUGAUUAUUCAGUAAUUUCAUGUGGUCACGAAGAAAUAAAUCGGAAAAAUAUUAUCUUGAAUAUAAAUGAUGAAAUAAAGGAAAAGAUAAUGGAACGGGAAGGUGUGUCUGGAAAAAUUGAGAAUAAUAGUGAGGAAAAUGUAUGUAAAAAAAUGAAUGAAAAAAAAAUGUUAAUAUCUGAAAAUAUUCGAAAAAAUUUAAUGUCAUCUCUAGAGAAAGAAACAGGUACAAAAUGUAGUAAUGUUAAUAAUCGAGCUAAUUUAAAUAUCGAAAUAGAUCCUGAUUUUGAAUAUGUAUCUCUUGAUAUUGUUAAUAUCGAUUUAGCUAUUAACGAAGGGCUAUAUAAUUAUAAAAAAAAUGAAGAAAGUUAUAUUGAAUGUGAUGAACAAAUAAAAGAUAUAAAAAUAUAUAAUGAUAUAUUAAAAAGUGAAAAAGAGAUAUGUUCAGAUUUAUCAUUUAUAAAAAAAGAGAAUCAAUUUAGUAAUAAUUCUGUUAUUUUAUUUAAAAGUUCUAAUGAAAUUAAAAAUGAAAUAAGUAAAUAUGUUGGUAUGUCUAUAUUUGAUUGUAUCAAUAAAUUUAUCAUACCGACCAGUUCGUUGGUUAAUGAUAAUAGAUUAAGUAUUUGGUUUACUAAAAAAAAAAAAAAAAAUAAUAAUAUGAAUAGAAGUAAAGAUAAUAAUUUUGAUCGAAUAGAAAAUUAUAACGAUAAUUCCAAAAUUAGACGCAAUUUUGUAUUUAAAAAAAAAUCAGAAGGAAGAUUAAGUUGUAUGGGGUAUUUUUCACAGCCAAUAACUAUCAUGUUAUCAUCAUUAAAAAGACGAAGUGAAUUUGGAAAUUUAAAAAAUAUAAUUACAUCAAUUAUAUUAUGUACAUGUGAUUCGUCAAUGCUGGAAAUAAUACUACAUACGAUACCAGAGGAAAAUAGUAAAAAUUAUCAACUAUGGAAAACGUCAAUAAAAAAGUUAUAUACCCUUAUAGGGGAUAGAAAAAAAGAGAUUCUUCGAAAAAUGAUUUUCUCUGAUAAGGAUAAAACGUUCGAAACUGAUGAAAAGGAUGAAGGGGAAGGAUAUGAUGAAAAUAAUUUGAUAGAGGAAAAAAAUAAAUAUAAUGAACUAAAUUUAAAAACAUAUGAUUUUAUGAAUACUAUGGAUAAUAAUGGAUAUCGAAAUUUCUUUAAUUCGUCUUUUUCAUCAGAAGCUGGAGGAAAUACUCCAAUUAAUCAAAAUAACUAUUUUUCAACAGUUCCACUUUCAAAAGCUGAUGUAAAGACAGAAAAAUAUGAAGAAGGAAAAGAAAAUAAUAUUAAUAUAUUAGAAGAUGAAAAGUUUUGCUUAUUUAUAUGUACUAUAAACGACAUACAUAAAAGAUUUCAAUAUUUGUUGUUGAUUGAAAAUUAUGAUUUUAUUUAUUCUGAUUUAAUUAAACAUAUUCAAAACAAAUUAAACAAUAUAGAUUUAAUAAUAAAUAAGCAUAUGUUAUUAAAGCAACUUUUUUGUAAUGUUUUAUUUUUAUGUAAUUGGCUAAACGAACCUAGAUGUUUUAAAUGGUUUCAAUGGAAUGAUGUAUUCAAUAAAUUAUAUAAUUUAAAUGGAUUUUUAGAAAAUGGAAGGAUAUCAAGAGAAAGAUGCAUACUACUUCUUUUAGCUGAACAUACAGGUGAAAUAUUUACUGAAAAGGAAUUAAACGAACUAAAAAAAACAAGUAAGUUACAUAUUAGAGACCUUUAUGAUAAAUCUAUCGAUUUUAUUAAUUGCUUUUUGGAGUUAAAGAACCAAUUAGAAACUGAAGAAUUUAAAAAAAGUUGUUGCAUAUUUAGCAGCGAAUUAGAAGAUGUAGAAGUUGAAAAAUGUUCAGAUAAUUUUUUAAACGAUAAAGUAUUAAAAAGUGAUAAAUUUUUGGAAAAAGUUAAAGAUUUUGUAAAAAAGUAUUAUAAACAAAUGGUAUACAUUAUAUGGAACUUGGUAUUAUUGAUAAAGAAAUAUUUAAUAGUUAUGAUUUGGUUAGGCGAUGUUAAACCAUUUUAUCCCCUUUUUAGUUACUUAGAUGAAGGAAAGAAAAUAAAAUACUCUGAGGAUUUAUUUGUAAAUUUGUCUCAUUUUUUUGAAUCGUACAAUAAGUAUUUUAACAUUGUAAAAAAGAGUCAAGAGGAGUUACAAAAAGGAAUAGGAGAUACUAGUGAUCAAGGACAAAAUGAAAAAACAAAAAAUAUAGCAUUAAAUAAUAGUGAUGAUUUUAUUUUUUCUGCUGACUAUUUUGAGAAAAAUAUUCAAAAGGAGUCCCAUGAAAUUGCAAACGAUUCGAAUUAUACAAAUUUUAAAGACGGAAACAAACCUAAUUACGAAACUUGUGAAUUGAGAAAAAAUAAAAUAGUUGAGAUGAAUAAUCGUAAUUAUAACAACGAUAGUGAAUAUAUUGAGAAUAAUUCCUAUAUAGAAAAUAAUGAUAUUAGUAUUAAAAAUUGUAAUAAUGAAAAAGGUAUGCUAGAUUUUAUGAAAAAUAAUGACAAUUUGAAAACAGAGAACUACGAACUAAAACAUCGAAAAUCGUUAACAAACACAAUAGAUUAUGGAUGUGAGAUAAGAAGAAAAAGUAUUGAAAAAGAAAAGGGGAAUAAUAACAAAUUUAUUAAAGGAGCGAGUUUUGAAAACAUGCUUGAAGCAGAAUUCGAUUCUUCUGCUUAG